AUGCCUACUUUCAAGAUACAGGGUCAAGUCUACCAUCUAAUCGGCUCUUUGUUACCGACCGAUGUUCCAAGGUUUCUGCAAAUAUACUUUGUAGAUAAUUACCAAGAGCAAGCAAAUAUUAGGCAGCAACAUAUCCCUAAUUUAGACUCGGGUUUGGUAAGCAGUCUACAAAAUAUGCUUCAUAAUGUGAACCCGUACGUCAACAGCUUUAAAGCGGCACUUGAAUCCGUCUCAGAUGACGAGUGCAGUAAUUACAAGUUUGUAAUUACUGCUGAUAAAAGGCCAAUUGGAUCACAUCCGGGUCGCUAUAAUGCACCAACCACAAAUGAAGUCGCUGUCCUGUUAGUCGACCAGGAUUGCGAUCGGAGGGACAUUGUGAUAUGCACUCAUGACGAUCGACUUCAAAGAAUCAGUGAGACUCAUCGCGCUUAUGAUUCGUUGCAGUAUCCUUUAAUGUUUUGUCGUGGUGAAGACGGAUACAAUUUUGGCGUAUAUAAUGUUGAUCCUCGCACGGGUGCUCCGAAUUUUAAUAAAAAAACUUCUGCAAUGCAGUUCUACAGUUUUUUAAUCCAAUUACGCGAGAAUGAACACAUCUUCUUACACCGGUUUCGGGGCCUUUUUAAUCAAUUUUUAGUGGAUGUAUAUGCAAAAAUUGAAACUGAACGAUUAGUAUUCAUACGCGCCAAUCAGAAGAAACUACGUGCGGAAAAUUACAUAGACCUAAGAGAUGCGUUACAACACGAUGCUGAUGCAGAAAACUUAGAAAAACUAUUCGGAGCGGUCCGCUGCUAUAUGUUUUCAAUCGAAUGGCAAAAGCGUGGGUUGCCUCAUUCGCACAACCUUUUAUGGCUCGAAGAGAAGAUUAGGCCGAACGAAAUUGAUCGAGUUAUUAGUGCGGAAAUCCCGAACCCAGACACCGAUCCCAUUCUACACAACAUUGUCAAAACCAACAUGAUUCAUGGCCCAUGUGGCUCAUUCAAUACAAACUCACCUUGCAUGAAGGAAGGCCUUUGUACGAAGAGGUUUCCGAAAAAGUUCGUAAACGAAACUGUUACUGGUGAAAAUGGAUACCCAUCUUACCGCCGCCGAGCACCUCAAAAUGGCGGUUUCACUGCCGAAGUAAAUAUGCGCGGACAAUACGUUUCAGUUGACAAUCGGUGGGUAGUGCCUUAUUCGCCAGUACUUUCUCGAGCAUUUGAAACUCAUCUGAAUGUAGAAUACUGCGCUAGCGUGGAAUCGAUAAAGUAUAUCUGCAAGUACGUAAAUAAGGGAAGCGACCAAGCGACAUUUGGUUUACAGAGCAGUGAUCGUGACGAGGUGACCAAAUAUCAAUCAGGUCGCUAUAUAAGUACUUCGGAAGCAGUGUGGCGAAUACUUGGCUUUUCCAUCCACGAACGACAUCCUCCUGUAAUGCAUUUAGAUGUCCAUUUGGAAAACGGGCAGCGGGUGUAUUUUAAUCCUGAAAAUGUAAGGGAACGUCUAGAAAAUCCUCCCUCUACCACACUCUUGGCGUAUUUCAAUCUGUGUCAACAAGAUAGUUUUGCACAAACGCUCCUGUACAAUGAAAUACCGUCCUACUACACAUACAAUAAACAAAGAGGAGUAUUUAAUAGACGCCGACGCGGUCAGCCUGUGGAGGGGUUUCCAGAUGUCCAUCGCGAGAACGCAAUAGGACGAGUGUAUACGGUGCAUCCAAGUAAUAGUGAGUGCUAUUACUUGCGGCUUUUGUUGCACACAGUCAGGGGAGCCACUUCAUAUAAAUAUUUGAAGACUGUCAAUGGCGUUGAACAUUCUACCUUUCACGGAGCUUGCUGUGCACUGUGUCUGCUAGAUGACGACCGAAAUUGGUUUGAAACUCUUGAAGAGGCCGUUGUCAGUGAAACUCCCAGUCGACUGCGGCAUUUGUUUGCAGUUAUGAUAGUGUUCUGCGGACUUUCCCAUCCUGUACAGCUAUGGGAGAAAUAUCAGCGGCAUCUGUUAGAAGACUUUCUCUUCGCGGCUAGGCGAGCUGAUGGAGAUAGUAUUGCAGGUUCUGAUGAGCGUGUUAUUAAUCGUUGUCUUUCGUCGCUUCAAGACAUUGUUAUUUCAAUAAGUGGCAAUCCUUUGAGUCAUUACGGUCUUCCAGAGCCGCAGGAAACCACGGAAGCUCAGCGAGUUAGUAGAGAGUAUGCAGCGGAGACAAAUUACAGUUAUUCUGCGAUGACCGAAAUUGUAAACAAUAAUUCUGGGACCCUUACCGAUGAACAAAAGUCUGUAUAUAACAAAAUAUUAACAAGUGUCAAUAAACAGGAUGGCGAAACAUUUUUUUUGGACGCCCCUGGUGGUACAGGCAAAACCUUUUUGACUCGACUACUACUAGCUGAAGUGAGACGACAAGGGAAGAUAGCACUAGCUGUCGCCUCAUCGGGUAUUGCUGCCACUUUACUCCCUGGAGGCAAAACUGCCCACACUAUGUUUAAGAUACCCUUGAACCUCGAUAUAAAUGAAACCCCAGUUUGUGCCGUAUCGCGAAAUAGUGAAAAGGCGAAGAUUCUUGCAGAGUGCAGCCUAAUCGUUUGGGAUGAGUGUACGAUGGCGCACAAGAAGGCCGUGGAAGCAGUCAAUCGCACUCUCCAAGACAUCCGACGAAACAAUCACAUCAUGGGAAGAAUAACUGUUUUGUUUUGUGGGGAUUUCCGUCAGACUCUACCCGUUAUAACCCGCGGAACCAGAGCUGAUGAGGUGAACGCAUGCCUCAAAUGCUCCGUACUCUGGCCACGGGUGCAGAAAUUGAGUCUGACGCGCAACAUGAGAGCACACUUAGGCGGCAACCCCCGUGCGCAAGAAUUUUCAGAUGCUUUGCUAAAAAUCGGCGAAGGUUCAUUUCCCGAAUCGAAUGGAUUAGUAACCCUACCAGAGAAUCUUUGUAAGAUUGUACCUUCGGUGGAGGAACUAAUUUAUUCAGUUUAUGGAGAUGUAUCUCAAAUAACGCAUAAGGACAACAAUUCUUGGCUUUGCGAGCGAGCAAUACUUACGCCCAAAAAUGACCAAGCAGCUGCCAUAAAUCACAGCAUUUUGGAAAAAGUUGCAGGAGACGAG